CAUUGCCACUGAGCAGCUGGCAUGAGUUGAGUGGUCCUCAUUGUAGAACCCACAGAUUCCUCUCACCAAUGGAUUACAAUAACACUUGCUUCACGGUAUGAACUUUAGUGGGGAUUUAUUCCACAGCUACUCCAAAGACAGGCAUUUUUCUUGGUUAUAACAAGAGAAUCCAAUUUUGUGACAAUAGAGCCAAGUCAUGCGUAUCUCUACUGUAUCUUUGUAACCCAUGGUUACAGCACUCAAUCUAGUAGCAGUGUACUAACAGAAAAAAAAAAACCCACAGCUUCCAGAAUUCCUGGACUGUUUGUUUUUACUAUUAUUAUUAAACUAUUUCAAUCUUCUUUGCUUAUAACAAACCAAACAAAUUCUAGGUGCCAGUCUAUAGAACAAGAGCCAAAGUACUAAGCAUCGAGAAAGAGAAAAGGCCAUAUACUCUCCUCUGUAACACUCACUUUUCCAACAUGAUCAGAAGCCCAGUCGUUUUAGCAUUGCAUGGCCGUUUCUUUUAGCCUGCAAGGACUGGCACUUGGUCCAUUUGCUGUGAAAGAAGCUUCCCGUGAACCACAGAUGGUGUUUACUGCUCGCCAUGCGACUAUCACUUUCCAGACAGAUGGGGAAACAUGGAGGGAACAGAAAGAGAAAAAAGCAGCUUUGAUGGAGCAGCAUCGUAAGGCCAGAUCCCCAACUGAUUUAAAUGUGCACCAUUCCACCAAAGUCAAUUGAUACCUGCUGAGAAGAUAGCCUUGAAGUUUUAUCCAUGCAGUUCGCAAGCUCUGCAGGGUGAACUCUCCCAGUUUUCUGCACCCAUGGGCUAUGUCUACACUGCAGCACUAUUUUGGGAUACCAGAGGUAUCCCAAAAUAGCUAUUC